UCUCUGGAUGGUUCCGCCCAGGCAAAGUAAACCUACCGUCGGAUUUUGCUCAUCGGCUCGGCAAUACCUCUCCUCUCUUCUGGUACCCUAUCCAUGGUUUAAGGCUUUAAGAUCGUGGGUCUGAGGGAAAGCUUCAGAGAUGAGCGCGUCCGGAUUAACUGGUACUCCUCCCAGAUGUUCCCUCCGGUGGCCUUCAUAUCGUCUUCGGACGUCUCAGAGAUGCUUUCAAGCUUUUCCGGGACUUGGAAAAUCAAAUAGUCGGAACCCCGCCCGGCUUGUUCAUGAGAGGACUUAUUUGGAAUCUCCUACUCGACGAGGUGAGGCGAGGCUCCGUGAUCUCAUUGCCCGUGCCAUGAGUGCCUCAUUCGGUGAUAUGGCUGAUGACCCAGGUGGUUCGACCGUCUUCCCUCGGAUCAAUGUGAGAGACCCAUACAAACGCCUUGGAAUAAGCCGAGAGGCAUCUGAGGCUGAGAUUCAAGCUGCAAGGAACUUCCUCAUUCAACAGUACGCUGGGCACAAGCCCAGUGUGGACGCGAUUGAAUCGGCUCAUGACAAGAUUAUCAUGCAGAAGUUCUACGAGAGAAGGAACCCGAAAAUCGACAUCAAGAAAAAGGUCCGCGAAGUGAGGCAGUCCAAAGUUGUUAACUUUGUAUUCGAGAGAUUCCGAACUCCGCCCACCGCGUUCAUCGUCAGAACGGCUGUGACUUUCGCCGUUCUCGGGGUUCUUACUGUUCUGUUCCCGACGGAGGAAGGGCCCACACUGCAGGUUGGGUUAUCGCUAGGGGCUACAAUGUACUUCAUCCACCAGAGGCUGAAGAGCAAGCUCCGGACUUUCCUUUACGGGGUUGGAGGCUUUGCGUUGUCGUGGCUGCUGGGGACGUUCUUGAUGGUAUCUGUGAUUCCGCCGUUCAUCAAAGGGCCCAGAGGUUUCGAAGUCAUGUCCUCCCUCCUUUCCUACCUCUUCCUCUGGAUUGCCUCCACUUACCUUCGCUGAGCCAUUGCUGUUGUUUUCUUCUCUCUGGGUUUGUUUUUUUUUUUUUUGGUUCACGGAAACUUCCUCCAUUUUCACCUGUUUCCAGUGGAGAAAUGAAAUCACUGAAGUGAACAAAGACGGACAAGGUUGCCUUCUUUCAGGCGAAACCAAAAGUUAUUUUGUAGAUUUAGUUAUAACAUUUUUAUGAAAUGAAUUGCUUUAUACCAACUUAAACAA